AUGCCAGUGCGAAUGCCAGUGCGAACCACCAGGUUGAUGUACAGGGGAAUUUGCACUAUUCCAGAUAUCCUGUCAUACCGGACCCCCAUUAACCUGCCUGAGGAUGAGGUGGAAGAGAUCCGCGAGGCCUUCAAGGUGUUUGACAGAGAUGGAAACGGCUACAUAUCAAAGCAGGAGUUGGGGGUGGCCAUGCGGUCGCUGGGAUACAUGCCUAAUGAGGUGGAGCUGGAGAUUAUUAUCCAAAGGCUGGACAUUGAUGGUGAUGGCCAGGUUGACUUUGACGAAUUUGUUGCACUGCUUGGACCAAAACUUAUUGCUGCUGGGAUGCCUGAUAAGUUCCAUGGGGCGAACUUUGACUCUGUAUUUUGGAAGUGUGACAUGUCGAAGCUAACGGUAGAUGAGCUGAAGAGGCUGCUGUAUGACACGUUCUGUGACCACCUCACCAUGAAAGACAUUGAGAACAUCAUCAUGACCGAAGAGAGCCACCUGGACAACCAAGUGUGCCAAGUGGACAUUGACACGAGCCCGACACAACAGGUGAAGCACACUUGUGUGCGGAAGAGUCUGAUUUGUGCUUUUGCCUUUGCAUUUAUCAUCAGUGUAAUGCUUAUUGCAGCUAACCAGAUGCUCCGUAGAGGUAUGAAGUAG